GAACUACACUGAUACACACUAAUUGCUUCACAUGUUGGCGGUUUUUCGCUCUGAGCUGUGGUUGGCAGAGAGCUGAAAUAACUCUCACAUUCUACAACACACUUAAAUUUCACACCUGACAACUCAUUUACACUGAGAUGAGAGAUUGUGUGUGUGUGUGUUUGAGAGAGAGAGAGGAGGACAACACACACUUGCAUGUACAUAUGCACUUUGCAACAGCUGACUGACUGCACAGACACUGGAGUGAACAUGGGAGAGAAGUGAAGGAGGACAGAACAAGCCAACGACUGGAGACAGCUGUGACCAUGGCGGACCCUCCUGCAGGCCCAGCUGAGGAUCUCAACAAAAUCAGCUUCUGGAUGCCAGGAAACUUCGAGCGGACAGUGCGGAGGACAUCCGGGUCGCACCAAGCGUGUAAUGACAUCAUAGCGUGUAUGAAAGACCGGGCUCGUGUGGAGCGGCAGUACGCCCGUCAGCUGACCGAGUGGAGCAGCAAGUGGAGAUCAAUCACUGACACUCGGCCGCUGUACGGGUCCCUCUUGCGAGCGUGGCAGUGCUUUUUCUCGUCCACCGAGCGUCUGUCUAAGCUUCACACGGACAUCUCCCAGUCUCUGGUUGCAGAAGACGGAGAGCGCAUUCGCUCGUGGAAGAAAGAGACGUUCCCGCGGAAAAUGUUCUGCGGCUUCAGGGAGUCACAUGACCUCGGGACGGCUUUCUCACGCGCUCAGAAGCCCUGGGUGAAAAGAUUAAAGAAGCUGGAAAAGGCUCGUGCGGCGUAUCAUAAGUCAUGUCAGAGGGAGCAGAUCGCUCAGGAAAAAGAGAAUCAAGCCAAACACAACGUCAACCUGAGUGAGAGCAAACUGUCCAAGAUUCAGCAGACGAGAGAGAAAGCCACACAGGAGCGCAGCAAGGCACGUGAUCGCUACGAGAAGGUCCUAGAGGACGUCACUGGAUUUGCGCCGCGAUACAUGGAGGAAAUGGAGUCUGUGUUCGACCAAUCACAGGAGGAGGAGAGGAAGAGGAUCAGCUUCCUGAAACAGGCCUUCCUGUCCAUUCACAGACACCUCGACAUCACCAACAAUGAGAGUAUAAAAGCAGUGUACGGUGAACUACAUCACACACUCAUGUCCAUCAGUGAACCUGAUGACCUCCGCUGGUGGAAGAACAACCACGGGCCGGGCAUGCCAACCGACUGGCCCAAAAUAGAGGAGUGGAAUCCUCCGAUUAAAAAACAUAAACCAGGAAAGAAACCAAAAGCACACAGAGGACCUGAGGAGAAAGCGGUCAUGAUCGGAGGAGUGCGUGUGCGGGCGCUGUACAACUACACUGGAGAGGAAGACGAUGAACUGUCCUUCAAAGCAGGUGAAGAGUUCCUCAAGAUUGAGGAAGAGGAUGAUCAGGGCUGGUGCUUUGGGGUGAAGGAGGGCGGAGUCCAAGGCUUUUACCCAGCCAAUUACGUGUUGCCUGUGAAAGGAGAUCAGGAAUCAUAGAUGAGGCACAACCAUGCGUAUUUACAGUUAUGGAAAACAUUAAUACGGUGCUCAUCAAAAAGUAUAGUAUGUAAAUGUCUGAAUGUCAUUGCCUUUUCUUUUAGACUUUUUCAACACUAUAUCUAUUGUUUUGUCAUUUAACCCUUAAAUGCAUGAAUGUUUUGCGCCAAUCACUGUCACUGUCUCUGUCACGCUAAUAUAAAACUCUCCUGAUAUCAGAGUAACACUUACAGAAGGAUUAAAUAAAGCAUAUUUUGUUUUCUUUUGGAGCUUGGAAGGGUUCAGUUUGAGCAGAUGUUUUACCAUCAUCACUGUCCUCGUUUCCCAGUACAUUCAGCAUCUGGCUCAUAUUCGCCAGCCCAGCCAUAUUCUCAAAACCAUUGUUUGACAUCUAGAUCCACCAUCAAGUGACAGGGACAGUAAUAUUUGAUUGCCACUGAGCCAUUUCAAGUUUCCUGAUUAUUCUUCCUAUUCUUUUGUUUUCUGCCUGCGGUAACUACGAGUGAAACAUCACGCCACCAUGUGGAAUAAUGGUGAAUUGCAGUUAUUCAGUCAUCAAAGAUUCAAUUAUUGUUUUGCAAAAAAUACAUACUUAGAUUGUUACACACCUUGGCUUGUUAGCGACCACAUACGAUUUUUGUUUUUCUUGUUGUAUUGUUUAUGAUUGAGGAAUACCAAGAAGGUUGUGAGUAGGGUAGUGAAUGAAAUCACGAAGUAUGUGUUUAAGGGUUAAAACUAUCUUUAAGUCUUUCUCUGAUUGUUUUUUUCUUCUUCUUGUUUGCGUUUUAUUUCUGUAAAUUAUCUUCUACUUAGUUUGCAGUGCUACUUACUUAGUAACAGUGACAUUCAGAUAUUUCCACCAUAUGAAUGGAAGGAAUUAAGUUAACAAGUUCAUUGGAAAACAACCUACAACUACAACCAGUGUUUCUACAGACCAAAAUGAAAAUAAAAUAUUAAUUCUGUUUCAUCAAUGGAA